AUGCCAACCAGAUUAACCAAGACUAGAAAGCACAGAGGUCACGUCUCAGCCGGUAAGGGUAGAAUCGGUAAGCAUAGAAAGCACCCCGGUGGUAGAGGUAUGGCUGGUGGUAUGCACCACCACAGAACCAACUUGGACAAGUACCACCCAGGUUACUUCGGUAAAGUUGGUAUGAGAUACUUCCACAAGCAAAAGAACCAUUUCUGGAGACCAGUUUUGAACUUGGACAAGUUGUGGACUUUGGUUCCAGAAGAGAAGAGAGACGAGUAUUUGUCCUCUGCUUCUAAGUCUUCUGCUCCUGUCAUUGACACCUUGGCUGCCGGUUACGGUAAGGUCUUGGGUAAGGGUAGAAUCCCAGACGUCCCAGUCAUCGUCAAAGCGAGAUUCGUCUCCAAGUUGGCCGAGGAGAAGAUCAAGGCUGCUGGUGGUGUGAUCGAAUUGAUCGCUUAA